GCUCGAUGUUUCUAACCGCCUCGCUCGUCGCAGCCGGGAGAGAGAGACGGUAGUGCACGUUUUUACGUUUGCUCGUCAGCUCCGUGGUCCAAGUACGAUCCGGGAUAUAUCGCAGCGCGGUGCCUUGGCUCGUUCGCUCGAUCUCCUCGCUGCCUCGCGCGCGUACACACACACACACACACGACCUCGUUGUUUAUCUCUACCUAUCUGGCAGCUAUAGCGGCUGACAGACCACCUAUACCUCUCGGUUGAUGCGGCGAACGCACACGAAGUGUUUGUCUUUGUGCGUGCUGAAACCGGAAGGACAGCGGUUGUUCCUCCAGAGACGCGGAACAUAAUCCGAGAGUGUGAGGAAAAGAAAAAUCCUGAAAACGGAAACGCGGACGAAGAAGGAGGAACGUAGUGGCUUUGCCGGUAGACUCGCGACAGGAGCGUGCGUCUGCCAGUCAACCAGCCAACCAUUCAAAGAGAAGAGGCGGUUGAAUAGGCGGAGGUAAGAGAGGAAGAAAAACGAACGAAAGAUAGGAUCGAGCAGAUGUCAAAGGGGGAAUGAUAAUCAAGGAUACAGGUGUUAGAUCGAGUGACUUGACAGACGACGGUGAAUCGUUCAGUGUUCUCCAAAGGGCGAGGAAGUAUCGACAGAUUAAUCGUCGCGUUUUACGACAACGGAUGUCGGAAUGACGCGUCGAUCAAACCGCGGCAGGGCAGAGGGCGUAAGGACUUCGUUAAACGGGGAAAAGUGAUACACGUCGUGGUUGUGCCGGACAAGGCGGAGAAGAGUUCGAUAGAUAAGGGAGAAACGAAAGGAAGAAGCGUUCGUGAAUUGUUGGAUCUUUUACACUUAAGAAGUAAUCGCGGGCUCAUUGUCUCAGCAUCCUCCAACAGCGACGGAUAAUUCGCGAUGUCGUUACUAUGAGAUCCAUCGUGAUAGACUCGAAACUUCCUUAUACCUGACAGUUUUUUUCACGAAAUCAUUCGAUCACGUGUUGUUCGUAAAGAAGGCAGAAGCGAUUUCGAUAAAACGGUGGAAGAACUAGCGAAGAACUUGAUUCUGCCAGACAGAUCCGCAAGGACGUGCCACGAACGAGGUCAAGGUUAAUCGAGCGGAAGAAAGAGAGAGAAGAACGGUGAUCGUUUAACCUCGAGAAAAGAUCAUUCUCGUGUGGUUUGAGAGAAAAAGGGACGGUAGCAGAGGAAGCAGCUGUUCGUCUGUGCGGAAGAACGGCACAGGGUUGAUAAGAAUAGAGGGGUGCGUGGUGAAACGCGACGAGAGGGUGAAGUGAAGGUGUCCCCGUGGGGUGCCAGAGUGAGCACGAUAGCACCUCUGGUACCCUCGGCCGUGGGUCCCGAGGGGACGGACGCCAUGGCGGCCUCUUCGUCCUCGUCGAGCGGCGAGCAACAGUACUCACUCAGGUGGAACGAUUUCCACUCGAGCAUCCUCAGCUCAUUUCGUCAUCUCAGGGAUGAGGAGGAUUUCGUGGAUGUGACCCUGGCAUGCGACAGUAGCAGCUUCACCGCGCACAAGGUCGUCCUCUCUGCGUGCAGCCCUUACUUCCGCAGGCUUCUCAAGGCGAAUCCAUGCCAGCACCCGAUCGUGAUCCUGAGGGACGUUGCCUCGUCUGACAUGGAGUCGUUGCUGCGUUUCAUGUACCACGGCGAGGUUCACGUGGGUCAAGAGCAGCUGGCCGCGUUCCUGAAGACGGCGCAGAUGCUGCAGGUUCGAGGAUUAGCUGACGUGAACAGCGGAGCUGCCACGGCCAAGAUUCCGCCACCGCCAUCGUCGGCUGGCAACAAUGGUAGCGCACCGGCGACGCCGCGCAAUCCUUGGCAAGAUAACGGCAGAGGAGACUUAAACGAGGGUGGUUUGAGCCCACCACCGGAGAAGAGACCCAGAAGUUACAGUCCACCCCUGGGCAAUCAUGUCGAACAAAAGUCGUCAGACCUACAGGAGUCACUGUUGGGCCAGGCUCUGGAAGGAGGACCCACGAUACACACAGCCUCCACCAACAAUGUACAGGCACAGUCUACCGGCGAGGAUUCGAAUUCGAUGUCGGAUAACGAGGAGGAGAUGUCGAACAACGACAGUAUCCUGAAUUCUGUGAAAACCGAACCAAGCGACAUCCCGAAUGACUCAAUGGAGCAUCAUCGUAACUCGUUUACUUCGACUUUUUUGGGAAUACCAGGACUGAUACCAGGCCCGUCCGGAAUCCAUGCGGCGAAUCAGGAUCCGAAUUUCGGCCGACGCAGUUUGGACAUGCUUCGGGUACGCGCGACAGAUCCACGGCCCUGCCCGAAGUGCGGCAAGAUCUAUCGAUCUGCCCACACGUUGCGCACCCAUCUGGAAGAUAAGCACACGAUCUGUCCGGGAUAUCGUUGCGUGUUGUGCGGAACCGUGGCGAAAUCGAGGAACUCCUUGCACUCCCACAUGUCCCGACAGCAUCGUGGCAUCAGUACCAAGGAUCUACCGGUGCUGCCGAUGCCCAGUCCGUUCGAUCCCGAUUUGGCGUCGCGUCUGUUGGCCAAGGCGGGGGUCAAGGUGAGUCCCGCGGAGUUGCGAGCUCGUGCCAGUCCCACGGGACCGAGACGAGGGGACAUGAGACUGGAGAUACCGCGCGGAGGCGCGCCGUCCGAAGCAGGGAGCAGCGUGUGCGGCGGUGACGAUCCUGAGGAUCUAACGUUACCUCUGAGCCUCAGGUAUGGAUCACCCACGCCCAACAACAACACUGUGAUCACCAAAGUGAGCGGUAGUAACAGUAGCAGCAGCGCCAAGAACUCUACCGCAACCGCGAUAGCGGCUAAAUCUUUGGACACGAUGCACGGUAGUCGCGAACCGAAUACGGCGCCUCUUCAUCCACCCGGACACCUCCAUCCCGGUCACCAUAAUGCCAGCGCGACGGGAUCGGCGAUUCUAGACACUUACCUCCAGUUUAUCGCGGAGAAUUCGGGACUGACGACGAUGGGACUCAGUCCGGAACAAGCCGCCGCGGUCGCAGCUGCUCACGCGGCCAAAAUGGCACACAUGAGCGCGAUGGAUAAACUUGGUGGACGCGGGAUCGAGGAUUAUCCGAUGAUCGGACGAGACGAAGGUCGGGGACCCGGGGUUGUGCACGAGGAUCGUCAGGAUCUGUUGCAGGACAGGCACGGUGUACUGAUGGAGGAGGGCGAGUCAUCCGGCGGCGAGGAGGACGAUUUCAGCGACAACGAGGAGCCGGAGAUCGUGAAAGCUGAAUAGACGGACGCGCUCGCCGGUAACUUGUGAACCCGAAGAGUUCGUGACACGUGACCCGAUUAGAAGAAGUGCUUCGAGACGUGGCCCGGUUCCUGUCGAUCCGGGCAUAGUCUCUGUUCACAGUCAAAUCCAUCCACUACCUCAGUAGAGACUUACUCCUGUUUUCUUUUGUCGCGAGAGAUACAGUUUUCCAAAGAAGAAUGAAGACGACGAUACGAGUUGUACGGUACGUUUGGUCGCGUCCCGACCGAUUUGGAGAUUCAAGCCAAUGGUGGAUUCACUUUUAGUCCAAAAGAAAUCUACAUUGCACCCGACUACACACUCUACACGACAUACACACAUCUACACGCGUGUACACAUAUUUUAUCCUCCCCCGUUAUAAUAUUCCAUCUGUCUACCUCAAGUGAACAACACGAUGAAACGAUAUAGUGAAUAAUUACGAUAAACGAAUCUCAUUGACGUUUUUUACCAAUUUUCUCACGAGCCUCGAACGAGAGAAAGAGAACAGAAUCGAGAAGCCAGGUAACGCCAGGGCAACUGUUUAUUCUUUUUAUUUUCUAAAGGUUUAAAGAGAAAACGGCGAGCAUCGCGAACACGCGACUCCCGAGAAGAUAUUAUUAUUAUUAUAUUAUAUUAUUAUUAUUAUUAUUAUAUUAUUAUUAUUAUAUAUGAAUGUUGAGGACAAAUAUAUAUUAUCUAGAUUUAUAGAGAAGUUAGUGUACCACGACACGUACGUACACGAAUACACAGGAUGAGAGAGAGAGAAACCACACGCAUUAUAUUUAACGAGUAGAACAGAUACGUGUAGCGCUAGGGUUAGCACAUCCCUUAAUUAUAUUUUUUAGAUGCGUGCACUUCGGAAAUACACGGCAGUAACAACACGAACAGACGCAAACAUUUAUACACAAACGGAGAACACAGGAAUAGGAAUAUUAGAGAAGAGCAGAAGACACGUGUCUUCGAUUGAUGAUCGUCACGAUCAUCGAGAUUGUUAAUUGUCUACUCGUUUUAUCGUAGGUGAAAGAGGCGGGAAUGAUGUCAGUGUAAUUCAUCCGUCGAUUGGCGAACGAGGGAUCUUUCGAGCGAUUCCUGAAAAUAUUUAACGAUCAAAGUGAACGCGACAAAUGGCGUUUCUGAAUCGCAUGAAUUAUUUAUCGCAUGCUAAUCGACACGAUAAUUCUCCUGGUAUUUGAAAACAAAGCAGGCGAAAUAGCGCGCGAGCUUGGAAAAAUGCCUCGACCCUCUUGUCGUACCCUUUCGUCGUUCCACGGUCCGCGUGAUCUUUUUUCUACUUAAUCGGCCUCGAAAUACACUCAAGGGCUUGCCAUGACUCUCUAGUACUUAAGUUUUCAACUUUGACGUUGCUUUUUCAUUCUUCGAGACGAUUAUUUACACCGUGGACGAAAUCUUCUUACUUGCUCCUGCAUCGUAUACUUACGACUCGGGACAAAUAAAAGAUCCAGCGAGAGGGAACGAUACGGCGUCGCGAUAAAACGAGAAUCACCCAGCAUCUUUUUAUUUUCGUUCGUUCCCUUUGGAACAUCCAUCGAAUUUUUCCUUCCGCAUUCUUGAACGUGUCGUUAGACCCUGACUCAUCUCUCGAUCAACGAUCUCCCUCCACUUUGCGUUAUUUAUAAAUCGUUAAUGUUUGUUUUCACGCGUGAAUCCUCGGCCGUGAUUCUCGUUCUUCGGUGACAAUGGAAAGAAAAAAAAAUCGAGGCAAGUGUUUCUUUUUUAGUGGAAAUAACGAUUCGAAUCAUCGCGCGCGAUUUCGCGUCCAGGCUCGAGUGUAAUCUUAAAAUGGUUCCUACUAAUGAAUAUUCAUACACGAGCUACUUUGAUUUACGAUAUACCUUGAUAUAGAUAUAUAUAUAUAUAGAACAUGUAUGUGUGUGUAUAAAUAAAUAUAUACACGCAUACAGGUAUACCUAAUUUAGAUACGCCUAGAGAAAAGAGAACUUAGCAAUACGGUAGUUACGCAGCGUGGUUUGAACGAAGAUAACUUCUUCCGUUUCGUAUUCUUCAUUAUUAUUAUCGACAUUAUUAUUAUCCUUUUGGUUUUUACGAGUGUGCGUGUAAGGCAGAGAGUGACAGCGAGCAAAUGAGAGAGAAUCGAUUAAAUGGCUGACGACUUAACGAUUGAGAAAUCUUAACGAUAAACCACUCUGCAGGUGUUAGAGACUAUUUCGUCUAGAUUAGUAGGUUGUACACAAUACUCGGAGUAUACUAACCCCCAUUCUUUUUUUCUCUAGCCUGUAAGAGAAUUUUACUCGAUGGAAAAAGAAAAUAACAGACAGGGACUCUCAUUGUCAGUGAUUUUGCUGAUCACUGACACACGCGGCACGACGAUAUAUAUAUCAUUCGCAGACAUGCUUCAUAUAUCUCGUGCGAGACGAUACGUCCAAAAUAAAGUUCAGCAAAUCAAAAAAAAAGUAAAAAAAAAAAAAAUAAAAUCGACCGUGGAUCGCGUGCGGACCGAGGGAAAAUUUUGUUCGGCGACGGAAAACUCACCCCCUUGCUUUAGCUACUUAAAAUAAUUUCUAUCGACGGCAAACGAUAAUUUCUUUGAGACAAUAAAAUUGUACGAACGUAUUAGAAACAUAUUAGAAAUACGUUGUAUGAUCGGAAUUAUCGGAAAGAUGGGGUGAGUUCGUCGGCUGAUUUGCGAGCUUUUCCGAAUUUUUUUAAAACUUUAUAUCGUAUGUACAUAUGAAAGGGUAAUUGUAUACGAUUGAAACACUUGUAUACGAAUCGUCGUGAAAAUCUCGGGACAAGCUCGGGCUUGGUGAUUUUUGGACGUUUGUUAUCGACGAAAUUUUGAAAAUCGUACCUCGCAUUUCGCCGCGAAUCCACGAGCUCGUUUUAGGGAAGAGAAUAAUCGAUCGUGACGCGAAUCCGGAUCUAAUCGGUACAAAGAAACCACUUCUUGCCUUGAAAAAAGCUCUCUAUAAAUGUUAUACGGAUCGGGUAAUCGUGUCGCGAGACAGAAGUUGGAAAGGAACAAAAGGAAAAUCGGAGAAAGAGCAAAAUUUUCAUAGAGUACAAAUUUAUCCACGGUGUUCGAAGGUGAAUCUUGAAAUAAUAAACACCGAUCGAAGGAGGAAGAUUAAAGAAAAAAAGCACGUUUCGCGUGAAAAUUCACGUAAAUAAUUAAUUGUACUUGGAAGAAUUUUCCUUUGUCAUUUCGUUUUUCAUCUUUUCCUCGCCACGGUUAGAGUAUUUCCCACUAUAAAAUCCCAUGACGAUCAACGAAUCAAAGAUGAUCGAUCGAGCAUGCAAAGUUGAUGGAACCCAACAGUGAUCUCGUCGAUAGACUUUCUUCGUCGUUUUUUUUUUUUUUCCUUUAUUUUUCUGUAUCUUUUUUUUUUUAACUGUACGGAUAGAAAAGCGACAGACCGUCGCGUGAUAUACAUAUGUUACACGUAUACACAAGCGUACACACGUAUACAGAGACACACACAAAAAAACACUAAUUACACGAGUUUUAAGCAAGAAUAUAUUACAUAAUUACAGGGUUGACGGGGUGCGUUCGUAUCUCCCCUCAAAGUGACAGAUUUAACCCCCUCCCCUCAGAUCAUAGUUUUCUACGACAGUAUUUAUAUAGUUAUAUAUAUAUGUAUGUAUACAAACAGAUGAAUUAUAUGUAUAUACGAGAUGUACAUAUACACGUAUUUUUACACGAACGUUUCAGCGACGGUGCCCCGUCACCCCGCGCAUAGGGGUUGCAUCCCCACGAUGAAUGAUAGUCCGUUGAACAUAGUUCGCAAUAGUCACUUGGAAUAGAAUACCACCAACUACAGUAUUGCAAUAGUUGUUAGAAUGACAAUCGUGUGCGUAGCCAUCGAACGCUCCCGUCCGAGGGCAUCGAUCGAUCACGUUUCUCCCCGGUGUCUGGCGAACAUUUCAUUUUUCAAUAAAAUUGUACCAACACUUUCGAAUGAAACGAAAGGGGUUAAGCAAGGUUAACCCGAAUAUCUCGUCGAGGAUGAAAUGUUCGCGAUUUCAGACGACUCGAAAGGGGUAGAAAGGAAAGGACGGCGGAAGAACGCACGACAGAACUUGUCGACGAUAAACAGUAGUGGUGAACGCGGUUCUCGGUACAACGAUAAAAGACCGGUGUGUCGUAAAGACCGAAUCGUACGAGUGCACACUCGUGCGUGGCUUUACGGUGAUUAUAAAGGCGGAUUAACGACGCCGUAAACGCGGCAAGCCUUUCACGAAUUGUCGGGCAGGCAGCUUUCGAACGUCGGGGUGUCCUUGGGUGUGUAUGCAAAUAAGCGCCCUGACCGAGGGGUGCCAGAAUGGUCUUAACUGUACGAAGAAAAUGAUCCCAGAGAUAGGACUAAAUUUCGUUUCAAUAAAAAUAAAAAUAAAAUACAAGACUGCCUAUAAUUAAAAUUUCUUUGUUUAUUUCGAAUUAAUAGUAAAGGUUCUGUCGUGCGUGAUUCUUGAAAAUCAGCAGGAUUUGGUGAAAAUUGUUUGUAUGGAGGGGAGCGUGUUGCCAUCUCAGGUACUCGAACACCGGCACGAUUAAAUAAUGCAUUAUAUAAAUGUAAUAACAAACUCAGGAAAUCUGAAGCAGCCAGGCCGUGAUACUAUACUUAUAGAAACUACUACUACUACUACUGCUACUACUACUACUACUACUACAGGUGUGAUUCUUGCGUUAAUCGGGCGCUCGGGUGAUUCGCGAGCCAGCGUCUAUAUUCUGUUUUGUUUCGUUUGUUUGUUUGUUUCUUGUUUGUUACGAGAUUUUACACUGGCAAGUGGCAAGGCGUGUGCACACCGUAUCCGCGUGCAUCGACGUGUGAUCGAUGAAAUUGAAUCGAGCUUUUUGUUAACAUCGAUGCUCGCACAUUUUAAUUAAAAUUACUUUUAUUUUCCUCUGUCGCUCUCUUUUCGUUAACAAUUAUCAGAAUUAUAAUACCGUCACAAUAUUUUGCAGCUCGAAUUUAUUUCACGAGAAACACGUCACGAUCAUUAGGAUACGAAAAAAAAAGAGGAAAGAGAAAUAAUUGUGAAAAUCACCACAGCUACCUCCAUGUUAUUAAAUAUCAGUCUUCUUCUCGCGCUAUACUCACGCUCAUAUUUUACCGAAAGUUUUACUUUUACGACGUCGAUUCGUCCCCGUAAACCACGUCUCCGUAUCGUGUAUAUAUUAUAUACAUAAUUAUAUAUAUACACAAUGUUUAUACAUAGUCAAAAGCGCGAGAGAUAAAUAUAUAGCUUCCACGGAUUAUAUAGGUUUAAGAAUUUGCCUCCUUGCACGGAACAGUCGAGCCUACGCGGUAAAAAACGAAGCAAAUAGAAAAGAAAUAGAAAAGCAUAUGAGAAAUCAACAAGAAAGAAUAAAUACAAUAGAGCUACCUCAGUUUAACGAAUGCAUUAUUAAAAGUUAGCGGACGAAUUGAAUUCACUGCCAAAACGCGAUCGGCCCGAGACUGUUCCGCGAGCGAAAUGUGCUGAAUUCCAAAAUCACAAUGCAAUACGUUGUACUUACAGUCGUUUUUACGCGUUGACUCGUCGAUAUAUACUGGUUAGUGAUUUUACUGCUGCAUCGAGAGAGAAGAAAUAAUCUUUUUUUUUCGCGUGAGCGUGUUUUAGUGUGAUGCAUUAUGAUGUAUACAUCGCGUGAGAGAUACUGUGAGAAUGUUGAAAAUCAGUGAGAAAAUGUGUCGAAUAAAAAGAAAAUGUUCGAAUGGCCUCCUACUAUACGCAUAUAAUUAUAUAUAUAUAUAUAUAUUAUUAUUAUUAGAAAGUGAGAAAAAAGAGAAAAAAUAUAAAAUAUACCUAUCUACGUGAUAUUUUACAGAGAACAUAAUCAGGGAUGCGUCGUAGCCAUAGGCAUAUACAGGGUGGGCCACGAAAUUGUUUCAGGUCAUAACUAUGUUAUUAGCGAAUUCACGAAAAAAUGCCAAAGGAGAAAGAUAAAUGGCUGGAAGAUCACUACAUCCAUAAGUCAUUAGAUUUUUUCAAGUGCAAACAGUGCAUGUGCGAUUAAUAAUUGUAUCAUUUUUUUAAAUGAAAAUAUACGAAUGUAGUGUUCUUCGUGCCAUUUAUCUUUCUCCUUUGGAAUUUUUGGGUGAAUACGCUAAUAACGCAGUUAUGAUUUAAAACAAUUACGUGGCUCACCCUGUAUAUUAUUAUUAUUAUAUAAUAGAGUCUUUCUAGUGAUAGAAACCAUAAACUCCUAACUUAUUUUGUAAUUCACGUCGGAUCUGAGGAAAACACGGUCGCGUGGCGAAACCAAUAAGCGUGCAAUCACUCGACGUACGGUGUGACUCUUUAAUUUUUUAUUUUAUUUCAAAAAGAAAUUAAAAAAGAAUUGUCGCUCCCGACAAUUUAUUGAUCUAUGAUUUUUAAUAACGACCCGAACGGAGGAAACUCGAUGAAACGUUUAUUAAAGUUCGAUCUGAUGAUCUCCAAGGAACAUCGAAUUUUCUUUUUCUUCUUCUUUCUCGUUCGUUCUCGUUAAUUACUUCGGAGACAAUGCCGCGAGAAAGGCUAAUUAAUUUCACCCCGAAUCGAUCAACCACGCGAUCGUCAUUAUGAAUUUUACCUUCUAACGAUACUAUUAAAGUACCAGUCAAAUCCUCAAAAAUGAUUAUAAUUUUAUCGUAGCUUCCUCUGUUUAACACGUUGCGUUUUUUCAAAAACCGCUCGUUCGUCACCCGAUGGCUAAAGUGAUAAAUGUGCACGCCGUCUCAUCGACUCGCUCGUUAUAAUAUCUUCAAUCGGUGAUUAUCGUUGAUGACGAUAGCAUUGAGGAAAUUGAAAGGCGAAAUAAAUAGGCGAGUGAGCGAACGAAAAACGAGAAAAAGGAUUAUAAAGCGCGGAAGUUUAGCAUAUCUAGACGUGUUUCGAUUUCGUCAAAAAAGGAAAAAAGAGACGAUCAUCAUUUAAUGAUCCACUCAUCGGCCUCGUCAUCGAGACACACAUCUCGUUCUUUACUUUUUACGGUUAACUAUCAUUAAGGUGCUUCAAUAUUGUUACGUUUUUUUCUUUUUUUUUUUAUUACCGCCAUUUUAAGAUUAAUGUUAUUAUUAUCAUUAUCAUUUUCAUUAUUAUUAGCUUCGAUAGAUCGUGUUAGAGGGAUAUGUACAUCUGUCUCCUGGCAGGGAAUCGAAAUCUGUGAGACGAACUUCAUUUUUAUUUCGUGGCCAUUCUGUUAAUUGUAAUUUCAAAUGAAAGAGAAUGAUUUUUGCGCUUGAAUUUUUCAUUUUUCUUUUGCUUUCGUUUGUUUUGAUGUUGAUCCGCCAACGAGACAGAGGCAAAUCUUUACUGUACGUGAACGAGCCAGUAUGUCAGAUAUUAUAUCCCGUCUUUCCUUCCCUCGAUUCUAUACUUUUCGUCUUCCUUUCUUCUUCCUUUCUUGUUUGUAAAUAUCAUAUAUAUUUAUCUAUUAAUUGUUCCCAGUCAAUGGAUCCUUUCAUUUUCCUAUCUUCUUUUUUUAAUGAUCCUUUUACUUUGUUCUUCCUUUUCUCCUCGCACGUAAAUACGUUACUACUUUAUGUUCUUUACGUUACUUUUUUUGCCAUUCUUAGCAUGUAAGCCAUCCAACUUGCCAAUACGAUUACAAUAAAUAUGUUUAGAAAGGAGAGACAUUGUAAUUGAGUUUAGUUUAUGCCCAUUUAUUUCAGUUCCUUCUGUUCUUGUUCGAUCGCGAAGUGUAAGUAUGUAUUUUUGUGGGGUGUGUCUGGUUUUGUGAUUUUCGAGGCACGGGUAAGUCUCUAACGGAAACACAACAUACACAUACGUCAUUCUAAAAAUUCAAUAAUUUAGACAUCAACUUUUCGUAAUCAGACACGCUAUAAUUUCAGAAUACAUAUUAUCGUUUCAUUUUCCAAUUUGUUCCACUUGAUAUUUUAUGAAUUUAAUAUAAUAUCAAUACUACAAUACUCGAAUUUCUUUUUUAAUUAUUGAUUUACAUUAAAUAUGGAUGUACACAUUUUUGUAUACUUAAUUUUUUUAUCAUAAACGUCGUCGAUUAUCAGAAACUUAAAAUCACACCGUACGUCGAUUGCUCUCCACACGUAAUCAGUGAUCCACCGAACUGCAAUCGAAUUUCUCGAUCAAAGUACAAAAUUAUCCGUAAACUAGACAUGUAUGCGUGGAAUCCGAAUGAUUUCGAUUCGAGAAACAAUAAAUACAACAAAACACAGUUAUUUCAGGAAAAAGAUCAUUCAAGAGGAUACGGAUUUUGUUACGUUUAAAAGCGAUUCACGCGUAACCGAUGAGCUCGGUGAACGUGUAGCGAAUGCGUUUUAUCGCCGUUUAUUAUUUAUCGAGGCUGGCCGUGUCGAGGAAUAAUGGAUCGGACCGGAAAUUGCCUCUAAUACGUUCGAGAGCGUGAAACCGACGCAGAAUCGUCCAAGCACCCGCAGUGCUUCGUUGUUUGAGAGGGACGAAGCAUAGAGUGAUAGAUACACGCGUGUAUGUGAAGGAAAAGAAAAAGUAGUAAUAAUCUUAGCCAGAUUCUUUGCGUAACGUUCAUGUUAAUCGCGUCCAGUAUGUGUGUCCAUUCUAAUCACGAGAUCGACCGGGAGAGAGGCUUAGAGACAUGAAUUCCGAUCGUAAAAUUGGAAACACUCGUCUACGAGGAUAUAAAUUAUACUCUUGUCUUUUAUUGCGGCUCGUUUCGUCCUCGUGGUCGUUACACGAAAUACGCAGAGUGUAUUUAGGUACCGUUUGGAUCAUCCCGAAAUUCGAAAUAUCGUUAGGCGAUUGGAUAAUUUUUAUUUGCGCAUAAUUUUUUCAAAAUUUACCGCAGCUACUGCAAAUUUCCUUCUGUCACAUUCCCAAAAAAUGUCUACAAUAUCCAUCAGAUGGUAGUUUCCCCAGUAUCUCUGCGUUGAUUCUCGUGGUGGCAAUCGAUCGAACGUAAUAACGCGUCGUUUAAAGCGUCGAGAAAGGCGGAAUUUAGGGUCGAGGCGCUGAUUCGAGGAUCCGAAGCGAGUCAGAGAGAAAAGCUCCGCUUUAAUACGGAUGCGCGCGACGUUUUCAUCGAUUCGACGUCGCGUAUUUCACGAGCUAGCGUUUCCUCCUCGUGAAAACGCGUUGCCCCGCGAAGAACCUGACCAAUCUUCCCACGAAACACGGAGUCGAUGAUCCUUUGUUUGAUCAACGAGACAUUUCCGUAACGAGCCACGCAUUUUUCACAUUUUUCGCGAUACAAAUCGGCGGAAGUCGCUGAACUUCCUCUCGCGGUCGCCCUCGAGGAUUUCGAAGAUUUCUUACGUUGCGUUGCUCGGUGCCUUCUUACGGCCUGUUUGUACGGAAACUGCACCAUUGAUUCGUCCAUUUCACGAGGAUUUAUUAUACUAUUUAUUCUUUAGUUUUAUAGAACGUAAGUUGUUCUAACGUUAGGUAUUACAUUAUUCAUAUUUCGUUUGAAGGAACAUUUACGCAGUUCUAAUUUAAGGUGUUUCAUUUCUUAUUACUUUGGAUGUAUAUUUUCAAAAGACGAAUCUGGUACAUCAGGCGAUCACAGUUCCUAUUUUGCUCCCAGCAAAUUUUAAUAUAAGGCACUACGUAUGUAUGAGUGAAAAAAAGAAGAGAGUAUAUCUGGUUAAGGUAUGGUACGAUUAUACAAUAAGAUAAUAGAAUAUUGUACGUAUAUUGUAACGAGAA